AACCUGGAAGUAAAAUGAACCGAAUUGCGCAGCUAAAUAAAAUAACAUUAAAACGAAACAGUUCUUUGUCAAGUUACGCUAGUGAAAUAUGGAGAGGGUCUUCUUAAUUUUAAUUUUCCUUGGAUUUGGUGUUACUCUUUCAACACAAAAAGCGAGAUUUCAUGCAGAAUUUACACAACAGAAAUGUUUUAUUGACGAAAUUGAAAGCUUGAUAAACAUAGAUUACUGUUCGGAAUUAGAUGUUAGUGAUAAUACGGUCAGGCACCAGGGAGUGUGCACAGCAAAAAAUGGCAAAGUUGUGUAUACCUGCCAACACGGUCAUUGGUCGGAAACUGACAGCUCUGUCGCAUCGUUGCACAGAAAGAAGCGCUUCUUUAGAAGACUUUUUCGAGCUGUAUACUGCUUCUUCUUCUGUAAAAGAGGUGGUGGGGGCGGUGGAACUACAAUCAAGUACCCACCUUCUUUUCCUGAUCCAUGCAAACCAAACGAUAUCCAAAGUAAUUACAAUAUUGAUGCCGGAGAUGACAGUGUUGUCGUUAGAUGGACCGUGCCAAAAGCCUCGGAUAGAGACGGAGGCACUCCGAGGUUACAUAUUUAUUUUUUCAUCAUGA